UGGGGUUGCUGCUGUCUCAGGCGGGCUGUGGACUCAGUCAAGACCCCCAGCAGUGCAAGCCACUAGUACCAAAGGAGCUGUCUGUGACCUGACAGCCCUCUGGACUCUGUCACCUCCCUUGAGAAAACAACUCUCUCGCUCUAUGCUUGGAAGAGUUUAAAAUCUCUGAACACUGCAAACCUAUUUGAAGAAGGUCAGCUCCCUGUGUACCUAAAGAAGCACUCUGGUCAAAGCAAAGCUUUUGACACAUCUGCCAAAAGCAUGCCUGCUGAACACUGUGAGGUGUCAGAACUAAUUGAAGCCAUGGAUUCAAGUGAGCCUUCUGAGCAAUCUGCUGAACCCUGCAUCAUUGUGGACGAAAGAAAAAACUCUUUGGACUAUACUGAACCCCAAAAGGUCAAUGGACAAAUGGAUUCCUCUGUGCACAGUGCCGAUCAUUACAACAUGAAUGUAGAACAUGCAGAGGAGAGUAAACCUUCUGUGCAUUAUAAUAAGCAUUCUGAGGGCUUUGAACAAUGGAUCAACCAGCCCUGUGAGGACUAUCCAGCUCUUCACAAGCACACUAAUCAGUGUAAGUCUUCCGAGUUAAGUAAAUCAUUUGAAGAAUGUACUCAACAUUGUGAGUGCUUUGAGUUCAGCAAGUCCUCUGAGCACUGUGCUAAUGACUGUCUAGCUUCUGUAUUUAGGCAACACUGCGAAAAUUGCACAGGACACUUUCAGUCAUCUGAACAAUGCAAGCCUUCUGAUCAACACUGUAUGUCCUUUGAGCCAAGCGAACCUGCUGAGAGCUCUGAGUUUUUUGAGCAAUUUAAGAUAUAUGACUUCAUACCUGACAUCUCUGAAUCUACUAAAUCAAUCAGAUCAUUUGAGCACUGCACUGGUAUUUGUGAGUAUUCAGGAAAAUACAAUAAUAUUGAACAUCCAACAGAAUAUAAUGAGACUACAAUGUCAUAUAAUGAUAAUUUAAAGCCCGCUGAGCCUACAGUUCAACAAAUUGAAAUAUGUGGGCUUUUUGACUCAGAGUUUUGCACAACAUUAGAACCUAUACAUUCUUCAGAUUUGAACAUGCCUUCUCAACGCUAUGCUGAACAAGUUGAUCCCAAUGAAAGUAGACAUGUCUCUAAAGUUUGUGAACCCACUGAGCAAACAUUUCUUGCUGAACAAUGCAGUCAUCUAUCUGCUGAAAAUGAUAUACCCUCUGGGCACUGUGAACUGCAAAACAAUCUCUAUGAGCAAAGUGAGACAAGUGUACAGUGUGAACUGACUGAGCGAUGUAAUUCCUGUGAGAGCUAUACCAGUCAACAUCAAAGCAUAAAUAACAAAUACUAUGAGCCUAGCAAUGCAUUUUAUUCUGAGGAAGACAAGUCUUCUGAGUGCUCAUCCAUUGAAACAAGUUAUUUAGAAUUUUGCAUCGAUGACAGUAUGAAUUCAGACCUAUUAACUGAUUCAGCUGAAUCCUAUGAAGCAUUAGUGGAAGAAGGAGCACCAGACAGAUCCAGGGAUGAUAAAGCUAAAUUCUGUUCAGAGAUAUGGGGAUCUUUUGAUAAUUGUCCAGAUGCGGUAGAAUGUGAGGAAAGCAAAGCUGAUGAAGAAAAACCUCACUUGGAUGCAGUCGUUGUUGAGGAAUUCUUUGACUUAUUCGAUAAAACGGAUACUUGUACCUUUUCUCAAAGGCGACCUUAUACCUCCUGUUUUGAAGGGGGAGGGGUUCAUGAGCAGAUUUUUGAACAACUUAAACCUCAAGUGCCCAUUAUGAAUGAGGAAGAAACACAUAUGCCCUGUGCCAAAAAAAGGCUUGAAUCACUUGCUUUAGAUGAGAAAAUCAAUGAGAAUAAAGCUUUUAGUCAAGAAGAAGUUGAUCAAUCUUAUGAUACUUGUGCUGAGGACAGACCAUUUAAUGGAGACUGUGCUGAUGAUGAGGCAUCAGCCUCUGGAUCUUUUGCAGAGGAGGAAAGAUGUGAAUCUUGUUUUGAAGAAGCCUCAGCUAAUGAAGUUGACGUUUACGAAUCUUUUGUAGCAGAAGACAAUGCUAUUAAGGCUGAGGCCCACAAGCCCUUUGUUGAGGAAGAUUGCAUUGCUGAAGAUAAAGCUAGUGAGGUUCAUGCCAAUGGACCCUUAAUUGAUGAGGACGACAUGUACGAGCACAGUGCAGAGGAAGCUUCUCAUGGAUCCUCUGCUGAAGUGUCUUUUGUUGAAGAUGAUGAAACAUAUGAGGACCAAAAUGAUGAGACUUAUGAACCAUGCUUUGAAAAAGAGAAAUCUUUUGAUGAAGAAGACCAGAAAAUACGCAUUGCAGAAGAUGAAUUAUACAAGCCAUAUGCUAGAGACAAAGCUUAUAGAUCAUAUGAACUGUGUGAUGAAGAUUGCAUCGCAUAUGGUUGUGAACAUACACAAUUUUCCAUGGAAGGGGAAGCUUAUGCACUCUGCGCUGAGGAGAAAGCCUGUGAACCAAGUGAUGAAGAGCACCAUGAAUAUGAAAGCACAGCCAAUGAAUCUAGUGUUAAUCAAUUCUGUGAUGAAGAAGACUCUGAUGAUACUUUUAAUGAAGGAACUGAUGACAGCACUCCUGAGACAUAUUUUAAAGAUGGAGUGUGCACUGAGGAGGGAGAGCCUGCUGCUCCAUGUGCUGAGGAGAGUGAAUGUCCUAACUCACUUGAGGUUAUAACCAAAGACACUGUACUAUGCACUGAAGGAAGCAAACCAGCUAUGCCUGAUGGUAUUGAAUUCAAUGGAGAUCAAACUGAUUCCUCUACAACCUCUUCGGAAGAGAUAGAUGAGCAAAACAAGUCAUCUAAAUUGUGUGAGGAUCUGAACACACCAUAUAUGUCUGAGGGCUGGGAGGAACACAAUGUUGUCUCAGAGUACCUCCCAACCCCAGAGUCCGAGGACCUUUCAGAGCAGGUGUCUGAGAAAACAAGCCCCCCUUUUGAUGGUGCUGAACAUAGUAAAAUCUCCAUGGUCAGCGAGCCAGAUGAACAUCAUGCCGAACAAACAGAGCCCGCUGAAAAAAGUGAGCUGGAUGAGAAAACAGAGUUGCAUGAAUUUUUUAAGAUUGUGGCCUCUGAACAACCAAGUGAAGAGUCUGACGAGGAGCUGAAUGACGAUGAGUCUGAGGAGUCCUGUGAAUGCGAGUACUGCGUUCCACCUAGAGACCAGGUCCCAGAAAAACCUUUGCUCCCUCAAAUCAAGUCAAAAGACGCAGGGAAGAUCUGUGUGGUGAUUGAUUUGGAUGAAACAUUAGUGCACAGUUCAUUCAAGCCAUUGAACAACGCUGAUUUCAUCAUUCCAGUGGAAAUCGAUGGAACAGUUCACCAGGUGUAUGUGUUGAAGCGACCCCAUAUGGAUGAGUAUCUCAGAAGAAUGGGGGAGUUGUUUGAGUGUGUUCUGUUCACUGCGAGUUUAUCAAAGUAUGCCGAUCCCGUCUCCGACCUGCUGGAUAAAUGGGGUGCCUUCCAACACCGUCUCUUCCGGGAGUCCUGCGUUUUCCACCAAGGAAACUAUGUGAAAGACCUGAGUCGUCUGGGCAGGGACCUCAACAAGGUCAUCAUUGUGGACAACUCUCCAGCCUCCUACAUCUUCCACUCGGAUAAUGCUGUCCCUGUAGUAUCCUGGUUUGACGACAUGGCUGACACAGAGCUACUAGAUCUCAUCCCGUUCUUCGAGAGACUAAGCAAAGUGGACGAUGUCUACGAUAUGCUCAAGCAGCAGAGGACUGCAAGCUAGUGUGUAAUCAAACACCGGCUGCAACUUUUCACCACGGGGGCCAUGGAGGUGGCUGGUGGUUAACAAGCUUCAAGUUUCUUCCCACUAGAAGGACCAGCUCGUGUCUCUCGGUCGUUGUCACCCAGCGAAUUCCAUUCACACACAACGUCAUGGAGGCCACUCAGUUUGGCACAGAGACAGAACUGUGAGGAACUACUUCAUGACAAACAUCAAAAAGAGUGUUUACAAGUCAUUUUUUCAAAUUUGAUGCAGUAAUCCCCUCAUGGUUACAACUUUUCCUCCUGAAGAGAAGGUUGAACAAAGCCCUUUUUCGUGGGACGGUGAUCAUUUAAGCAGGCAAUAAAGUAAUUUUGCAAAGCAAUUGGUGAAUACGAUAUGAAAUACUGAGGGUGUUUAUCUUGAGAUCAAGAUAACUCAACCCAAUCGUUUAAAGACUGUUUCUAAAAAUGUCCUAAUGUACCGCAAGUAUAUUAUUUUUGAAUUGAACCAUUUUUCCUUACCCGAACGUUACUGUAUAUCGAGUGUUUUCAACCUUCAAUACUAUUUUAGUAAAUUAUUCACUACAACAUGCACACUUGUGAUUGUGUCAAGGAUGUACGAUUAUCAACAAGGAUGCACUAUGUAGCAACACAGCAAAUCAUCGUAUUUUGAACAUUGGAAAAGCUGUCACAUGCACGUGUAUGUAUGUGUUUGUAUUUUUAUUCCAUGUCAGGUGAUUUAAAAUCAGAUUUGAAAAAGAUACAGCAAUAAUGUUCACCUUAGUGAAAUAGUCAGCAUUUGAUAUUAACUGUAACAGCAAUUCAUUAUAUCUAGUUAUGCGCUUUUCAUCAUUAAUCAAGUUGAAUAAAAACUGGAAUGACAUCAGAUGUGACAUAUGAUGUGACACAUUAUGAUGACAUAUUUAGCCAUUAUAUCAGUGAAGUGUUUAUGCCCGUUUGAAACACACACAGAAUGCCUUAUUCAUUAUUUGCCAAUCAUUCACUUAAAGUAACUGCCCAGAGAAUUUCACUUUUAAAAGUUAAUAUUCUGUUAACUCAUAUUCAAAUUAAUGCUCUUGGCUUGUCUUAUACUCGUAUUUGUGGCCAAAGCAUAAAUUGGAGAAAAGAAAAAGACCCACCUCAAAUGUAUGUCUCAAACAGACCGUUUAAAUAAUGCUUGCGAUUUCCUCAUAGAACAUAAUAUAAUCUCCCCGAGGAGGGUGAGCAGAGCAAACAGCGGUCUUGAGGAGGAUGAGCUGGCCAGUCAGCGGUCUACUUGGAUUAAUAUUUUGAAUGACGAUAUACGCCCACACCAUUCUGUUGGUGGGGUACGCCCAUACCAUUCCAACACAGAAACGCUGCUUUUUAACAUACUGAAUUAAAACAUUUUUGGAAGGAAUACUAUUUCACUUAUAUUGAAAGUAAUUAUAGGUCAUAUUUAAUAGAAAUCUGGAAACACUGGGCAGUUACUUUAAAUGAGUACUGUACAUUAUCAAGCGAGGCUCGAAUUGCCUUGGUCUUCACUAGUUACCACAGCCACAAAGUCAUUAACCCAACUAUUUCUAAAAUGUAUAAUGUUUUUAAUCCUAACCCUAAACCAAACCCCAACCAAAUUGCUAACCAAAAGCCUAACCCUAACUUUAAAUGACCAAAAAAGCUAUUGUUAGUUUUCAUAGAUUUGUACGAUAUAGCCUAUUUUUACUUUGUGACUGUUGUGACUAGUGAAAAUAAUUGUUUUUCCUCAUCAAUCUACACACAAUACCCCACAAUGACAAAGUGAAAACUGUUUUGUUUGUCAUUUUUGCAAAUGUAUUAAGAAUAAAAAACAGAUACCUUAUUUACAUAAGUAUUCAGACCCUUUGCUAUGAGACUCAAAAUUAAGCUAUUUCCUAUUUCCAUUAAUCACUCUUGAGAUGUUUCUACAACUUGAUUGGAGUACAGCUGUGGUAAAUUGAAUUGAUUUAACAUGAUUUGGAAAGGCACACACCUGUCGUCUAUAUAAGGACCCACAGUUGACGGUGCAUGUUAAAGCAAAAACCAAUCCAUGAGGUCGAAGGAAUUGUCCGUAGAGCUCCAAGACAGAUCUGGGGAAGGAGGAAACCUGGCACCAUCCCUACGGUAAAGCAUGGUGGUGUCAGCAUCAUGCUGUUGGGAUGUUUUUCAGCGGCAGGGACUGGGAGACUAGUCAGGAUCGAGGGAAAGAUGAACAGAGCAAAAUACAGAGAUCCUUGAUGAAAACCUGCUCCAGAGCGCACAAGACCUCAGACUGGGGCGAAGGUUCACCUUCCAACAGGACAAAGACCCUAGGCACAAAGCCAAGACAACGAAGGGGUGGCUUCAGGACAAGUCUCUGAAUGUCCUUGAGUUACCCAGCCAGAGCCCGCACUUGAACCCAAUCGAACAUCUCUGGACUGACCAGAAAAUAGUUGUGCAGCAAUGCUCUCCAUCAACCCUGACAGAACUUGAGAGGAUCUGCAGAGAAGAAUGGGAGAAACUCCCCAAAUACAGGUGUACCAAGUUUGUAGCGUCAUACCCAAGAAGACUCAAGGCUGUAAUUGCUGCCAAAGCUGCUUCAACAAAGUACUGAGUAAAGAGUCUGAAUACUAAUGUGAAUUUGAUAUUUCAGUUUUUUUUUUUUUUUAUAAAUGUGCUAAUAUUUCUAAAAACCUGAUUUUGCUUUGUCAUAAUGGGGUAUUUGUGUGUAGAUUGAUGAGGCUAAAAAAACAAUUUAAAUAGAUUUUUAGAAGGCUGUAACAUAACAAAAUGUGGAAAAAGUCAAGGGGUCUGAAUACUUUCCGAAUGCGCUGUAUAUUAUCAGCUCCAUUCAUUGUAUUUCUAUCUGCAACAUUCAUAAUUCCACAUCCCAGAAUACACAUCCCUGUAUACGGAUAGGCAAUGGCAUACCUGUGUGACCGGAGAGUGGAGAGUAGUCCAAUGACCACAUGCCUUGUAGUUGGACAGAAUGACCAUAGACUGAUGGGUCUUUUAGCCCUAAUAUCUGAUGGUUAGAACUACAAGUGCCAAUGUGGAUGUGGUGAGAAGAUUUGGACAGCUUUCAGUAUUUAACCAGUUGUUUUGAUAGUUUGUUUUACU